AACUGCACGGUGGUGUUUCGUAGAAGGUCCAUUCGGUUUUUCUGUCUGCCAGCAGGCAGCCAAAAUGUUGGCCAUCCUGUCUGUGCUGCUUUUAUACCUGUGUAGUCCGGUUUGUGGCGUCUUUCAGAAACUCUACUGCAGCAUAUCAGACAGCUGUGACUGCGACUUUAAGCCGAAUAUCAGAGACCUGGAGUGGGACCUCUACAAGAAUGUUUACGGACAACAUCUGGCUCAGGAAAUCGUGUCGGAGGAGGUGGCAAAGUUUCUUCAGAAUAAAAGCCCCGAGCGGCCACUGGUGCUGUCCUUCCACGGCUCCUCGGGGACAGGAAAGACCCUCGUCAGCUCCAUGCUGGGAAAUCAUCUGUAUGGCUCGGCGAUGAGCAGCCCGUACGUCCACCAGUUUGUUCCCACGCUGCACUUCCCCUUACCUGAGCGGGUCAAGGAGUACAGGGAGGAGUUGAAGAGCUGGGUGCAGGGGAACCUGACGGAGUGCGCUCGCUCCGUCUUCUUUUUUGACGAGAUGGAGAAGAUGCCUCCGGGUCUCAUAGAUGUCUUGGAGCCCUUCCUGGGUCCCUCCCACGUUGUGUUUCGCACCAACUACCGCAAGGCCAUCUACGUCUUCAUUGGCACCACCGGAGAGGAGGCGAUUAACAAAAUGGCUCUGGAGAGCCGGCAGGAAGGACGGGACAGAGAGGAGAUCAAGUUGGCCGACCUGCAGGAAGCCAUCGCUCGGACGGUUUACAACAGCACAACAAGCGGCUUCUUCCACUCCAGCAUCAUCCAGCAGAAGCUCAUCACCCGCUUCGUUCCCUUCCUGCCGCUGAGCCGACGCCACGUGGAGCGCUGUGUCCACUCGCAGCUCUGCCAGCGGGGCAGCUGCGGCCGCAGUGACGUGGUGGAGGCAGUAGGGGGCGACAUGACCUACACUCCCGUCCAGGGUCAUUACUUCUCCACUACUGGCUGUAAGGCCAUCCCCGCCAAAAUCAACCUCUUCCUGUGAGGGGGGGAAGUGAUUGUUGAGUUUUAAGGACUGAAAGGGAAACUCCCUCUGAGGUGAGUCAGUGACGAGAAACAGAUCUGAAUCAGUUUCUCUCACACGGAGGUCAGAGCAGUAUCAAGGACGACUCCUGCACAUGGAAUCAAGGGGAAAUGAACCCAUGAAUUCAAAGCAGCUUUGUGCCGUCAAUGCUGAGGUUCCCUGAAGGCAUCGUCAGUGCACGUCCGGCUGUGAGCACAGGAGAGUUUAUUCCCUGAGCGUUUUUCAGUGUUUAAACCAGGAGUCACGCCAUGCUCUACCUCAAACCCAACUCUGCCUUCAGUGUUUGAACUCUGAAGUUGGUACAGUGUGCUUUCACAUUUCAGCUGCAGUCGGUGUGCCGUCGGCUCUCAUCAGUUAAUUUCUUUUAAAGUCUAUUUAUUCAUUAUUUAUUCAUCUUUCUCUCACCACCACCCUCCUUUCACUUUCAUACAGUCACACUGUUCUCUACAGGACGCUCCCCAGUUCACCCACAGGUGUCCACAGCAGAUCCUGCCUGGAGCAGCUGGAGCUUCGGUGCCGUGCUCGCCUGUUAGCCGACUAUCAGCAGCACACAGCAGCUCUUUACUCAGUGGUACAGAGUUUCUGUUUUGUUGGAGAGUUUACUGAAAAAGAAAAUAAUAGAUUUUAAUUCACCUGCCUGAAUGUUUGAAAUGUUCAGUGUGUAGGGUGUAAGGGUAUGUAUUGGCAGAAAUGGAAUUUAAAAAGGUAUGUAUAAUCACCUGAAAAUAAGGACUGUUGUGUUUUCGUUAGCUUAGAUUGAGUUGUUUUUAUCUACAUAGGAAGCGGGUCCUUGUCUGAGGAGAUCACCAUGUUGCACCUACAUGUUUCUACAGUAGCCUUUAACAGACAAAGCAAACAGUGGUCCGAGAGAGGAACAUUCAGUUUUACACAUCAGCCACCAUAGUUAGCAGCCUCAGAUUUUUUUAAAAAUGUGAAACUGUUUACUCAGUGUUUAUACUGGUUUGAAGUGCUGGGUUUGUUUGUUUUGGAGAGCGGGAGACCUCUGUGAAUAAUUCCAUCCACCUGAACAUGCAGAUCAGACAGAAAGUGAGCACACAUUAGCAGGUGCUGGGCUAGCGGCCUGUCUCUCACAUGCUGAGCUGCAUAUGUGAAACACCGAUUUGUAACGUAAAGCUGCUUUAUCCAGUGUUUCUACUGGUUUUAAUCACCUGGUCUGUCUAUUUUGGAGAGGAAGAGACCUCAGUGGAUAAUUUAGCUCCAGGUAAAAACCUCCUGAACACCGAAGGAAUUUUAACCAGGAGACGUUUCAGCUGGUUGCAAUCUGCUAUCCUCUGCAUAAUGCCUCUAACUCCUCCUACAUGUUACACAUUGUUCCUUUUAUUCGUGGGGGGGAAAUCUUUGUCAACACAAGGUUUCUCCUCCAUGCGGCUUUUUAAAAAAGAGCUGAAAUUUAGCUCUUCUCAAAAUUGUAUGUCCAAACUGUUCAUUUUUUAGAAGCUAAGAAAAUUUGUAGUCUCGCUGGAUUACAGUAAGUUUUAGGCUUGUUUCACUUAGCGAUACGUUGAGUGAUUGAGAUUAAAAAUUUCAAGAUUUAUAUCAGAGCUCUUAGCAAGAUGCUUUGUCUCAUUCGAUCAUUGGUGCUGAACCAGAUCUAUUUAACAGUAUAUAACGAUUGUAAAAUCUGCCAACGCAAGUCCUUAAAGCUUCAGUGUGUAGGAUUUAGGGGGACAUAUUGGCAUCUGGAUCUUCAGCUGUCAGAGAAAAAAACAUGAGCGCACAUUAGCAGACAGGCUGAUGAGCCAAACAGCAGUGGAGAAACAGAUUUCAACAUCAAACUGCUUUAUUCAGUGUUUUCUGCUGGUUUAAAUCACCAGGUCUGUUUGUUUUGGAGAGGAAGAGACCUCUGUGGAUAAUUCAGCACCUGGUGAAAACCUGAACAAUGAACACUGAAGGAAUUCCAACCAGGAGAAGUUUCAGCUUGCUGCUAGACGCCACUAAAUCCCACACACUGCUCCUUUAAAUAAACGUAUGACUUUACUCAGCAGCUUUUAGUUUUCCUUUAAAUAAUCGUCACAGCAUCCAACAUGUUUUGUACCAAACUACAUACAGUAGAAAAUGUACAAUGUCCUCAAGUAUUGUUCCUCUGGAGGGCUGUAUUGGGACUCAAGCCAAACUGAGUUGCUGUCUGAAGAGUGCCACGUCUUUUUUGUUUUAAAUUGAGGAGGAAAUCUGAAGCAGAAGACGGAUUUUACUUGAAAACAGUUUUACUUUCUUGCUGCUGUCCAUCAGGGUCGAUGUCAUGGUUUUACAGCACAUCAUCAGUUGUGCCAGCAAGGGGCAGUAAAGACCUCAUUUUGCCGAGAGUGGAGGAGGUGAAGCAGAGUUCACCUGCAGCUCAGUGCUCUAAUUCAAUCGAAGUCGGGAAAAAAAAAAAAUUACAUUAGUUUGUUUCUUUAUUGUAAACUGUUGUAAAGAUGAUGCCUGUGUGUUUAAACACACUCAAAGUGCACUUUACUGCUGUGGAGGAUAAAAUGGAUCUGAUGUGUUGAUGUAGACAGUUUGUGAUUAGAAGUCAGUCUGCAUCUGCCAAAAUGAUGACUCAAGUCCUGAAAUAUUGCCAUGAAUUUAAGUUGUUUACAAAUAAUUAUUGAUUAAAAAGCAUUGAUGAUUUGUUGUAUUAAAUGAUGGCUGUAUUAAAACCUGCAGCAGCAAGUCAGAAGAUGAAAAUGCAAUAAAAAUAAAAA